AUGACGAGUGCCCAGGGCGAUCCACGCCGCGCUCCGUCUGCCUCACUUCCCCCCAGCCUCCCUGCCCCUCGACUCAGCCGCUUCUACAGGGCACCUGGCGACCACAGGGAUUCUCCGCUCGUUGUCAUUGGUAGGAGGCUGCUGCAGGACGGGGACUGCAGGGCUGCUGCUGGUUCGAGCCCUGUCCAUCACAUCAAGAGUGGCUCUAGAGCUAAAGCCAGCAGAUUCAGCCCCAGCUGUGCCACCGGCCUCUCCACCGAACACAGCUCCAUCUACUCCUGGAGAUAUGACUUGCGUGGCUGCCUGCAGGAGUUUGACCGAGUGAACACCCAGCGCGUGCACCAGCUCUUCUGUGCCUUGGACGAGCUGCUGUACGAGGGCAAGGUGAGCGGGCGCUCGCAGGGCCUGCAGGACGAGUGCCAGGCCUGGAACGGACACUCCCCACACCUCAGGAUCCUGGGAAACCAGUUGGAGCCCCCCAAACAGGAGGGCUUUCAGUACAUCCACACACAGACCCCCAGUGCCAGGAGCACUGUGAUCCACCCGUGUCCAGACAGGAGGGAGGACCCUAGCCAGCUCUAUGUGGAGGGUCACAGCCUGGCCUCGGGAGCCCCAUCAGCAGCCCAGUCGGCCUCCGACCCCAGACCCCACCUCUCGGGCCACCCGCUGUGCCCUCUGGAGAAGGAGGGAGAGGAGGGUGAGGAAGAGGAGGAGGUGGUGUACGAGGCUGAAGGCAAGCUAGAGGAGUUCCUUGCCUACGAUGGGAAAGAGAUGGAGGAUGAGGGGGACGAUCAGAGGAAGCAAAAGAAGGCCUGCUACCACGCAGCUGCUCUGGGAGGAGAAGGAGGAGGAGGAGGAGGAGGAGGUGGGGUGCCUCCCGUUUCUCCCCAUGCCUGCAUUAAGGACGCCGUGGCGGGAGAGGUGUUUGAUGACGCCUGGCGGCUGGCGACGCAUGCCCUCCAGGGGCUCCUGUGUAAGCACUGGGAGAUGGACCCCACAGGUCAGUCCCCCGCAGGUGCAGGAGGAGGGGUAGUGAUGAUUCCCGGCGUGGUGGAGAGCGAUGACCGGGGUCAGAAUGAGCUGUCCUCGCAGGUCAACACCAAGUGCCACCGCCGGGCCUCCUCCAGGGCUUCCAACGCCAAGAUGUUCCUGGCGUGUGGUUUCAGCUCCGCUCAAGACUCUAGUGACUUCAGAAUCAAUUUAAAUGGUGUUAUGACAAUCCAGGCAAAACCGCUUCAGCAAAGACCACAAGGAUCAUCUGAGAAGUCUCCCCGUGACUCGGAUGACCGAUCCAGCGCGCUGGUGUGUGGCCGGUCCGAGGCCCAGAGGUCCCUGUGUGCGUUUUCCCAUCGAGCCCCAGGCCAGCGCCGCCUGCUGCCCAGACUCAGUGGCAGCAGAGCCAGAACCCUGAGCAGCAGCCAGCCUCUCCACAGCAACCAGGCCCUGCAUGGCACCAAGCUAUGCCCGGUCAGCGAGGGGCUGCCAUCGCCACCCGUCAGUGCGGUGUUGAAUCGCCGCCCCCUACACCUCGCCUCGGAUGCUCCCGAGCAGGAUACCUCUGGGACACGCCCUCCCCGAUAUGCACAGCCCAGGUGGAGGCUUCUCCGUGGGGGCAUGUCCAGUGCAGUCCACCCCCGUUCCAGUCUCCCGCCGCUGAGGGAGCCCACUCUGGCCAGGCCCAGCACCACCCACACCACCUGGUCUGACAGACCCAUGAAAAGUAGUUUCUCACCGGUGGAUUUUGCCUGCAGCGUGAUGAAACCACCCGGACAUGUGGCGCUCAAAGGGUUUCCUGGUGACCGGUACCGGAUGGACGUGACAGGCUUCAGUCUGGGUGUCGCCUCCUCCAUGACCAGCAGCUUCUCUGAAUCUGCCACACCUCCCCGACGGAGAAGGGCAUACAUGCCCCUCUCAGCUGAGGGAGAGGAGGACAACAGAGCUCAUGUCAUGGGUGCAGCCUGUCAGCGGAAGGCACUCGGCAGGUUUCCAGGAAACGGGAGGAGGAAGUGUCAGGUGGUGAUGCCGUAGCACAGACCUGUGUGUGUGAGGCUCCUGUUUUACUUCUGGACACAGCCAGGUGUGUGUGUGUGUGUGUUUGUGUGUGAGAGAGAGAAAGGCUCUUGUUUUACUUCUGGACACAACCAGGUGUGUGUGUGUGUGUGUGUGAGAGAGGCUCCUGUUUUACUUCAAGGCCAGAUAUGUGUCUGUGUGUCUGUGUGUGUGUGUGUGUGUGUGUGUGUGUGUGUGUGUGUGUGUGUGUGUGUGUGUGUGUGUUUAUGUGUUUGAGGCUCCUGUUUAACUACAGGACACAGA